AGCAGGUCUUCAGGUCUAUUCCAUGGAGUUUAAUCCCUAAAGGCGAGUGUGCCUUUGUGUGUUUAUAGAAAAUGCAAGGACCUCCUCGCACAUUUGAGGAAUUUUUACACUCUCACAACUUGGAUGACUGGCCAAGAUUCCCUUAUGUGCCAGAAGUGGAUGUUCGUCCUGUGAUUAUUUCAUUAAGAAAUGACUAUUCCUUGGACAAGAUCACUAAGUAUCUUUAUGACAAUGUUCCUCUUAUAACUGAAAAUCUCUCCAACUUGGAGGAGAAGGUGAAGGAAUGUAAAAUUAGAGUCCAUGAACAUGCUAAAAAAAUAGUUGAUUUGGAAUGUAGUGAAGAGGAGAAAAGCCAGUCUUUCCUGAAGCAAGGUGUUGAGCCUUCAGCAGGCUUUUUGGGGACGAAAAAGAAGAAAAAGAAAGUAAAGAAUUGCAAGUUCCCUGGUUUUCAGUCACGUCACCUUACAGAUUUGCCGUGUCAACUAGAAGCUGUUCAGCUUUGGGAUUUAGUUCUAAAAGUUCAAACUUUCAAACAGGGACUUAAUGUAAAAGUGCUGAAGAAAUUGUUUCUCUCAGAAGCAUCCAUCGCACUUUUACAGGACUGCUUUUGGUGGUGGUUUCUUCAGAAAUUCAAGCCUGAUCAAGGAGAACAGGAUCACCUUUUUGACAGAAUAUCAGACAGCUUUGUGGCACUUCUGUUGAGUACUCCCAAUUACAUAAAAGAUCCUUUCUUUCAGAUAUAUCCUGACUGCUUGUCGCAAGCCAUCUACGUUACUUUUUGUGAAGCUUUCCCCAAAUCUCGUUUUGGUGAUGAGUUUAAAGAUGAACUAAUGGAUUUAAUUUUCCAGUGGAUGAGAGGUUUCAAACCACAGAAGUUUGCUUGGAAGAAAUGGAAAUUAGGGUGCUUGGAAAAGCCUAAGACACACACCACAAGAAGAGAUUCCAUUCGCCUGUCAGUGGUCAGCCUUUUACCUAAAGAAAUGCCAAAGACUUUGAGAUUUCAGAUAGGGUCAAACGAGGAAGUGAAGAAACCAGCCCCACAGCCACAGAAGGAGUCUCAUUAUAUUGGAGAUGGUCCAGACUUCCAUCGGUCGCUGUUCAACCUCGGUGGGCAAAGUCCACUGGUCUUAUACUAUCUUAAGAUGCAUGGGAUCUCUAACACCCUGGAAAAUUCUCGGCUUUACAAGAUCACUCACACUGAAAUUUGCAAAGUACCACCAGCUUCUCCUACUUAUCAAGAUGUCAUUGAGAAGAGUAAGAAGUUCAGCAAAAAGCUGCAUGAUGAGUUUAUCGACUUUGAGCACAGCUGCAUUGAAGAAUUAACAGAAAUGGAAGAGCAGAGAAAAAAAGUGAACCAGAAAUUCAAAAGGCUGUUGGUGAAACUCAGCAAGAAUCCCAAUGAAUUAAGGCUGAGAACACAGGCCUUAAUCCAGAAACUGGAGAACCCAUCACCAGGCCAGUCAGCAUCUAGUGCUGCGGAUUCAAUGGUGGAUUCAAUGGUGAACCCGCCCCAAUUCUGAGAUUCCAGAAACUGGCUGAAUCAUUCCUUCCACUGAAUUAAGCUCAGCACCAUACUUGGGAUUAAACAUGACUUCUCUUUCAGGUCAAUAAAGUAUGAGAUGGAGUAGUUUUUCA